GGGAAGCGUCGGAUCGGCUGCGGGGAAGCGAAGCGAAGUGCGAAGGGGCGGAGGAACCCGGCGCAUCCCAAGCGGGGCUGCCCUUUCCCCUCGCCCACCUUUCGCUCGGGAGGAAGAGGCGGAGGAAGGCUGGGCGGCCGCCACAGAGCUUGCCCUCCCGAGGGGGGCGCGCGCCGUGCGGCCGAAACUGACGGGGGGGUCUCGCGGCUUUAUCCCGGCUCGGAAGGCGCGAAUCUCCGGGGUCCACCUACACCCACCCCGCCCCGCAUCCCGGCUGUGAGGAGCAGGUGUGUGUAAGAGAGAGAGACCGCCCGAGGCUCGGCGAAGGAGUCGGGACGGGAGGCAGCGAAGCCGGUCAAGCAGGUGUUGGUGAGUGUGGAGGAGAAAUUCCAGGCUGGUGAUCAUACAUUUCUGUGUGGACAGCUGUGAAAGGAGGCAAGCAAGGAAUUCCGGUCUCUUCCUUUGUUCUCCUGCUGUGGAUUCCAGAGCAACGGUCUUCGUACUUUUUCAUAAAGGCCCUCUGUUGUCCUGGCCAAAUUGGGAGUGGAAGAAGAGGCCAUUAUUAUUAUUAUUAUUAUUUAGUUUUGGCUGUCCUUCUGUGUCUUUUUCCUGCAUUGUCUUGGUCCUUUCAAGAUGGCUGUGAAGGAACCACCCAACAACCUUGGCUUGGAAAGGAACGUUGAUCUGACUCAGUCGAAGAAGAAUCAUUUCUUGACAUAAUGGAAUCCUGGCAUGACCACCAUGCCCAUCACUCCAGAAAACGCGAUGCUGUUUCUUCCCAUCCUUUAUCGGUGGUUGCAGGGCCAUCUGAGACAGGAAGCUGGGGAACCCGAGCACAGCCUAUGUCAUUCAGCCAUUAAGAAGCUGAGAGAGUACAUCCAGCUGAACUUCCCAGUGGAAGAGGGCAAGCUGCAUUACAGCCCCAGUCCUGUAGAUAUGGAAAUCUGUACGGUUUACUUAACCAAGGAUCCAGAAACGACGGAGCCUCUCGGCCUCCGUUUUGGCAAUAUCCCUGCUUUUGGGGAUUAUGGUGAAAAACGGAGAAUGGGGAGAAGAAAGAGGGGACAUAAAGGCCCCGUGCUUGAUGUUGGAAGCAUUUGGGUCACUGAUUUGAAGAAAAACAGUCCGGCAGGGAAAUGUGGAAAAGUUUGCUUGCGAGACGAGAUCCUUUCGCUGAAUGGCCAGCUAAUGGUUGGAGUGGAUAUUGGUGGUGCAAGUUACCUGGCUGAUCAGUGCUGGAAUGGCGGCUUCAUCUACUUGAUCAUGUUACGCCGAAUCAAGCGCAAGGCCCCACUUCCUCCGUCAAAUGGCAACAACAGUAAGAGCACCGAACCCAAAGCCAGGCCUACCUCCGAGCCCAGUGGGAAAACCACUCAAAAUGGCAAAAGGACGAGAAAGUUUGGAGUCAUUACCAGAACUGUUCCGGGUGGUAAGGACAGCAAGAGCACCUCUAGAACGGAUCAGGAGAAUGGACAUUGUGCCCUGGAUGGGUUGCAUUCAGAGGCAUCCAAAACAGAGAACCAAGCAGACGAUCAGCUUCUCACGGCAGACUUCCCUUUUCCAGCAGACCAUUACCGCUCCCGUCUUUCAGAAGGAGGCAUUCUAGACCUAAACUCCAGUGAAGUAUCCUUACAGAGAGAAGGCUGUCGGAUAUGGAAGAUGACCAUGAUGAAGGGAACCGACGGGCUGGGAAUCCAGAUCACUGGAGGCCGUGGAUCCAAACGCUCCCCUCAUGCCAUCAUAAUUGCCCGAGUGGAAGAAGGUGGAUCAGCUCACAGAGAUGGCAGGCUGAAGGCGGGUGAUGAGCUUCUAAUGAUCAAUGGCCAGUCUUUGGUUGGUCUGUCCCAUCAAGAUGCUGUUGCUUUACUUCGGUCAGCUGAAGGCCUUGUGUACCUAGUAGUGGCAAGCAGGGAAGGAGCAGAAGAAGAUGUCCUUCAUUAUCCAUCUACAAGUUUGCCAGAUCUAAUUAGCACUUGUUCUGCUCAGGAUACGGCCACCUGGAUUGACAAUAAGGAGAAUGAAGCACCGGAAGAAGAGGAUGGAAAAGCCCCAGAGUCAGGAGUCCUGGAACCUGUGACACACAUGACCGAUACGGACAGGCCCUCAGAUCCUACAGAAGAAGAGAGCUCCAAAGAGAACUGCCAGAGUCCAACUCUUGGAGGUGGUAUUUUGAAGUACAGGAGCCGAUCUCAAGGGGCGGCAACUCGUUUAGAGUCUGUGGGAGAGGAUGAUGAGUUGACAGUAGAAAAUGGAGAUCUGAAUUAUGAAAUACCAAUGAAAUAUUCCCGGGGAGGCAGGAAACAUUCCUUGCCACAGCAUUUGGACACAGGAACCAGACAGGAAUAUCACAUUGUUAAGAAAUCCACUCGUUCGCUGAGUGCAGCUCAGGUUGAGUAUCCGUGGCGACUGACACAGCCAUCUAUUAUUUCCAACAUUGUUCUGAUGAAGGGGCAGGGCAAGGGUCUUGGAUUCAGUAUUGUAGGGGGACAAGAUUCUGCCCGGGGUCGUAUGGGCAUUUUUGUCAAGACAAUUUUUCCAAAUGGGGCUGCAGCAGCUGAUGGCAGGUUAAAAGAAGGAGACGAACUUCUGGAAGUUAACGGGGAAUCAUUACAAGGGCUGACUCAUCAGGAGGCAAUUCAAACAUUCAAACAACUGAAGAAAGGUGUGGUGACUCUCACAGUGCGAACCAGACUUCGCAGCCCAAGCCUUACGCCGUGCCCAACUCCCAUAUUACUGAGCCGGUCCAGUUCUCCCAGCUCCUGUGCCAGCGGGGUAGCCUCGUUUCCCAGUGGUGAAGAUGGAGAUACUUCCUCUUCUAGUCGUAAAGGACCUGGACCAAAGGACAGAAUCGUCAUGGAAGUCACUCUAAACAAAGAACCCGGGGUUGGCUUGGGCAUUGGUGCUUGUUGCCUCACCUUGGAGAACAGCCUUCCGGGUAUAUAUAUUCACAGCUUGGCUCCAGGAUCUGUGGCUAAAAUGGAUGGAAGAUUAAGCCGUGGUGAUCAAAUCCUGGAAGCAGAUUCAGUCAGUUUGCGUCACGCAGCGCUGAGUGAAGCUUACGCCAUCUUGAGUGAAUGUGGACCUGGCCCAGUUAGCCUUAUUGUUAGCCGACAUCCUAACCCAAAGGUUUCUGAACAGGAGAUGGAUGAAGCCAUAACACGAACCACCCACAGAGAAAACAAGGACGUCUCUUCUCCUCAUUCCUCAGGAAACCUCCCAAAAAGUCCAUCUCCAAGCGUGAAGUCUAAACAGACAGAAGCCUCCUCGCCCUUGAGCUGGACAAUGAAGCGUUUCUUGGAGCCAGCGAGUCGGCAGAACUCCCUCAAUUCUGAAACGGAGCUUUCCCAAUAUUUCUUACAAGAUGGGGCGAGCCAAUUGUCUCUCUCAGAGACUACCGUGACUGGAUCCAGUGAUGAAGAGCAGUUUCGACCCAAGAGUAGGAGCAGUUCCCUAGAAGAGAGUUUUCUUUCUUCUGGCAUUCCAGCUACCAAAGAAUCCAGUCUGUGCAGUUCACCGGCUACUAGCAAUAGCUCGCCGGGUCCUCUCAGCAAGCCAAGGGAGACAGCUGCUCGGCACGUUAGUUUCAGCGACAGCCCCAAAGGGGCCCAGUCUGCUUUCCAACGGCAGAGAAGGAUUGCUUUUUACGAUGGAGAUAUGAGCGAUGAGGAUGACUUUGCCAAACAAGAUGGAGACUCAUUCCAAAGAGGGUCGAGGUCAAAAGCUCAAAGGAAAGGAAACAAUGACUGUAAUAUUUCCCCUGCAGCUCCUUCGGCGCAAAAUGGAGAUAUCAGCCAGGAGAGAGAAUCUGCGGCAAACACCUGCAGUGACUUAGCUGCUACCGGCUCUAGGAAUCUGACGGAGAGCAUUGGGGAGCAUCCAUCAGACACCCCUUUUCUCCCAGCUAAAGAGCUUCAUCAUCUUCCAGAGCUUCAUCCAGGCUACUUGAAUGUGAAGGACUUUCGGGAGGAACCUCUAGAAACUAAGAGGUCUCCUAAAUUGGAACAUAAAGCAGUCACCCGAGUAAAAAGCCUGAUGAGCAUUGAAUACCACGGAGUCCCAAGGCCCAAGAAUGAGGAGCAUGGUGCCUGCAGCAGAGCCAGUGGGAAGGCCCUUCCAUCCAUCCAGAAGAAUGAAGCUCAGGAGAUUCCCCUGGAGCAGAGCCAGGUGGAAUCCAUUACUUUAUCCCGGAAUGAAAAUGAGUCCUUUGGCCUGGAUCUCGAAAUUCAUGCCAACCCUUUGCGCAUCGUCAUAACAGGCUUGCAACCAGGUGGAGCAGCUGAAAGGGCAUCCAUGGGAAGGCUGGUUCCAAGAGAUGAGAUCCUUUCUAUCAAUGCUAUCCCCAUCUAUGGAUUCUCUUAUGAAGAAGCUUGUCAAUAUGUAAGAAGUCUUCCCACAUCCAUUACCUUGGACAUCCAGAAAGCCAUUUUGCAGGCAGACGAGGCAGUUCCGAAAGAAUCCAGCGAUGUUGUUACGGUUAAAGAAGAAAACAGCUUUGCAUAUGAGAAAGAAUCUUUGGAAUCUCCUCUGGUUUGUAAGGAGGAAAGGACAGGAUUGGUGUCUGACGCUAAUACUAAGGUGCUACCAGCAGGUCCUCCAGAAAUUCACUCUAUUCAAGACCCUUCUGUGGUGCUAUUAGAAGAGAUGGAUGACUUCUCUGGCCAAAGGAAUUCCCCAGAAGAAAAGGAUGGGGAUUACUGUUUUUUAAUCAAGGACAGACAUACCAAGGAAAAUAGUUUUGGGAUGGCAGAAGAAGCUCAGCCGAAUUCUGUAUCAAACAUAAUUAAAAAUGAUCUUGUAGAAAGAGCUGCGAAUUCUGUUACUAAUACACAAGAGACCUUGGGUUUUUCUGUCCUGGAUUCCAUUAACGCAAGGAAAAUCUUAACUGUAAACCAAAGCUGUCUCAGUACCUAUUCAAGGAAUUUUAGCAGCCUUAGUGAUGACCGUUUGCCUGAAAUUGAAACUAAGAGCAAUGCUAUUCCAAAAUCGAUGUACGCUGCUGCAGAAGAUUCCAGCUCCGACACAGAAUCCUUAGCCGAGAAUCCUGGAGACAGUUCAUCCCUCUUACUCUCUGUUUGCGAUCAUCCCUUGGCCACCCAUAAACUAGUUGAAUCAGAUGAGGAGCAGAUAGAAAUUUGCAGUCUGAAUUACGACCAACAUUGUCUUCAAAUACAGUCUCCCAUACAACCAACUCAUCAUCCACCAGUUUGCCAUUCUUUGAACAACUGUUUGCAGGCAGAAAGCAAAACAGAAAUAGAUUCACCGGAAACAUCGAAUGGAAAAUUUACAUUGGAAAAAUCGCACUUAUCGGAAAACUCCAGUGCCGAACAUAUGGUUCCAUCAACAGCUUUUCAAUCUUCUCCAGAUGUUUCAGCACAAGCGGUAGACAGUUUGGCUCAAGACAGGCCUAUCUGCUCUUCCAUUGAGAAUGAUUGUUCAAGGGGUGAAGGAGAAAAUGGCCUGCAGAAGCAAGAAAAUCUAAUGGAAAUAUGUAAACAUUCUGUGCCAGAUAUACAUUCCUGUCUGACCGAAAAUAUCAGUAGCUGGGAUGGCAACAUGCUAGGUCAACAUGAACUGGGGAAAACCCAAGAGUUGCAGGUAGAAAAUGAUUUAGUGAUGGAUUGUGGAAGUAAUGUAAUUGGUAGUCCUUCUGCUGUGUUGGGGAAAGGAACCAGUGAUCCAUCCCAGUUAAGAAGAACGGACAGCUAUACUAUGAAGAGUGCGAUACAAAAAAUAGUAAACAGUCCUAAAUCUCCCCUUUUGUCCAAACCAAAACAUUUGGGCAAGGUCUCUUCUGCUCACAAUUUACUAGGAAAAAAUGAAAAAGCAAACACCAUUAUCUCGAAACCCUCGAAUACCAAAACUCUGAAUUCUGGGCAAUGCAAGGGCUUUAGUAUUACAUACAGUCCCUCUUCUUCCCCUAAAUUACAUCAUGAAACUAAAGGCGCUCCUCCACCAAAGAGUACAGUGGAAACUUUUUCAAACAAUCAACAGAACAAAGCAGGGCCUAAAGGAAAGGCUCUCAAUUUUAAAAAUAAAUCCAAGGCUCAUUCUGAUGCUCUUGGCACUCUUCCUGCCAAAGCUGAGGGCACCGAUCAAAAAAAGAUAACCCUCCCUGCCCAAGGUUCACCCAGGCUCCUUUCAAAGAAAGGUUCCUCGCUCCAUAACUUAGCGACACACCUGGAACCACCCAGCAGGAGCCUCUCUAUGGGUUCUAAGAUAUUUCAGCAGCAGGAGGAAGUUCAGUCCUCUUUGAUGGACCCUCAGACAUCCACUCUGCCCGUGUUGAAUGGCGAGAGCAGCGUUAUGAAAAAUAAAGAUAAAUCCAUCAUCAAACCAAAACUGGGCAGGGCUGGAAUAUCAGGAUCUCCUAAAAUAGAAAAAGAAGCACAGGUCACCAAGUGGGAAGUUACAAACAGCGAAAAAAGGGGGAAGGCUAGCACAGAGCCAAGAGACGGCCCUGCUAAGUCAAAUAUGUCUUCUGAAGCCACACCCAAGGGUGGUUGUCCGAAUGAUAGCACCGAAAACAAGGGGAAUAGUUUGAAUCACGAUGGACUGGAAAUGAAGCCAUUAAAAUCUGACAAUGCAGGGCUUUUUAAGAAAGAGUCCUCCUGCCUUAUUUAUCCCCCUGCUCGGCAAGAGCCGACCAGCCAGGAAAUUCAACGCACUUUCAUUGAAGUCAGGUUGUCUUCCUCCUCCUUCAUUCCUGACUUGCCCCUGGAGAAGAACGAAGAUGACAAUAAGACCAAUCAACUCAGAAGCAAAGCACUGGAUUGUCGGCAGAGCAAUUUCCGCAAGGAAGAUGCUGUCGGUGCAUUAAAACCUGUGACAAGGACCUAUUCGGUGCCAGCACAAUUAUCCAAUCAUUUAAGGGAAAACAGCAUCGAUAGGGAUCAAUCGGCCCAUCAUGUCCAGGAUAUCUUAGGGAACGUUUCGAGUGCAAAUCCUUCCGAUGCAGAGUUGGCCAUGUUGAAAGUGGUCCACCUCAGUCUCAACCAUCAGGAUGCGAAAGCCACAUCUGCUGGCAUCCUGAAAUCCAGCAGUGACGAUGGCAGUCCCGCUGCACAAAAACUGAAAAAGGGCAGGAGGAACUAUUACUACUACGAACUCAAUUGGCCACAUGAUCCCGUUUCUUCGUUUUCUGUAAAGCAGAGGAUCAAAUCGUUUGAGAACCUGGCUAAUUUUGAUAGGCCUACGGUCAAGGCCAUUGACCUCCAUUCCACCACCCUGAACUCUAAAUUGCCCAUUGGCCGGAGAUUGUCCAGUGGCAUUUCUGCAGUGUCAGCUACCAGCGUAAAUGAUGCGGUCCAAGCCCUGCGACGGAGUUUGAGUUCGUACUGUGGAGGUGAAGCCCCAACGUCUCCAAGGGUCACCAGAUCUUCAACCAGCUCCACAUUAACAAAUGUGCAACAGAAUUUCCCCAAGAGCAGCAAAGAUGAUGGUCACUUGGAGAAGAGUGAAAAGCAUAUUUUUGAAGAACCAGUUGGUUUACCACCAUCUACCACCAAUGUCCGAAGAAGCAGAACCUCAGGUGGGCACAUUAGACACCUGCCCUUGUCUCGUUCCAAACUCCGGGAGCUGAGAGCUCUCAGCAUGCCAGAUCUUGAUAAGCUUUGUAGUGAGGACUUCUCUAUGGAGUCUCAACCUUCACCCAUCAAAACCGAGUUGCAUCUUCCCCCUGUUGUGAGAUCCCUCGAUGCUCCCAUUGAAAAUGUUUCCAAGAUGAAUGAAUGCUCAGGAUUAUCCAGUCCUGGGAUGACAAGCAGGCAACCUUCCAAAGAAACUAGUCCUUGGAAUAGUGGUUCUGGAACUCCUGGAUCAACAUCUGAUGAGGAAGGGCUACAGUAUGAUGGCGGUCUGAAUAAAGUGAACUCAGGGAAGAGCUGGUCUAUCAGCUUGGAUGAACUAUUGGUUUCCUCUCUGGAUCAGCAGAAGUUGCAGUCUGUUUUGUCUUCGGUGACAACGAAAUGUGAUGUUUCUUCUUUACUUCAGGAAAUCAAAGCACAAGCAGAGAGCAAAGAAGAUAUUUACUUUGUAGUCUUGAAUAAAGAGGAAGGUUCUGGCCUGGGAUUUAGCGUCGCUGGAGGAAUAGACCUGGAACAAAAAUCAAUCAUCGUCCAUCGGGUGUUUUCCAAAGGGGUGGCUUCCCAGGAGGGGAAAAUUCACCGCGGUGACCUCAUUCUUUCUAUCAAUGGCACUUGUUUGGCGGGUUCUGUCCAUGGGGAUGUCCUCAACGCGCUCCAUCAGGCCAGGCUCCAUAAAUAUGCCAUUGUGGUCAUCAAGAAGGAGAAAGACAGAGGAAAGAUGCCUCCUCGGAGUAAUGAAAUGCCUACUUCAGAUAGGCCAACUUUGGUGGCUGCAGCCACAGGAAGUGAAGCAGGUCCAAGCAGAGACCUGAACGGGGCCAUUUGUGUUGAACUUUUGAAGACUUCUGCUGGCUUGGGUUUCAGUCUGGAUGGUGGGAAAGCUUCAGUAUCUGGAGACAGACCUUUGCUCAUCAAAAGAAUUUUUAAAGGUGGUGCUGCUGAACAAGCUGGAAAACUGGAAGCGGGUGAUGAAAUUCUUGCGAUUGGAGGAAAAUCCUUGCUUGGACUCAUGCACUACGAUGCGUGGAACAUCAUCAAGUCUGUCCCAGAGGGUCCCAUUCACCUGCUGAUCCGGAAGCAUCGGCCGCCGGAAUGACGGAACCCAACCCCCUGAGUUCCGCUUCCCCUUUGAGCACAACCUUAACCAGUUUUGUUGGCCAGGAGCCGGAAUGGUGGCAUCUGGGAUGUUAAUUCUUUGAGGUCCGAAUGGUUUAAUCAGCCGAGAAGCAUCAAAAUACAAUUGCAAGACUGGUGUUGAGUAUUAAUAUAGUCAGGCAGCUACCCCACAUUUGGGCCUCCUUCAAGGGCCUAUGGGCACAGUUUGGUUCUCUUAAUUGCAAUUGACUUGUUCAUGGAGAAAAGAUCAACAAACCAGAACUUUGCAGGAACGCAAGUCAUCGCAGUGGCUGCUGGCUGCAGUGACUGUCUGGAUAGGAGGCGCAGCAGCUCCUAAAAGCUGAGAUAUCUCCAAGAGAAUCCCCUCAACCCUAUAGCUGACCCAAGCAAGGAACUGAUUUAAUGUGUUCUUGUUUUGCAAACGGUGUCUUGCUUUCCACCCUCAUGGAAGGGGCCAUAAUUUCUUCCUUCUUGCUGAAUUCUUACUCAGUCUUUGCCACAGACACUCAGAAGCCAUGCUUUGUGUUUAUGGCCUGCUCUUUCUUCAGUACACCUGGGGAGUGCGGGAAACAUAGGAUAUGAAAAGGCUACGAAGGAGCGGGUGCAAAAUACACCCGCCACGUAGCCUGAAUAGCUGAUACCAACUAUACAAAUCCAGAGCAAUAGAGGGGUGGGGGAGAGAAAUCCCUGCAUUUUAUAAAUUAAAUUGAUGGCUUUUCUUCUGUCUUUUGCUUUUAAUGCCAAAGACGGCACAAUAAAAUAUUUUGCAUUGGUUCUAUGGAAAGUUUGGUAGAAUACAGGGGGCAAAAAAACAAAACAAAACAAAAACCCCAGGAUUGCAUUUGGUUUCUUCUUAUUCCAAUGAAGAGUUUUGGUAUCUUAUUUUCCAUCAUACAGGGUGAUAGUUCCCAGCAUUUGUAACUCGCUAAAGAAGCAGCUCUCAGAUUCAGUUCUGGGCCUCUCCAACUGAACAGUCCUGGAUAUCAGAACCAGCAGUCCUGGAAAUGGAUUUUGCCAAAGAUCUGGAAGAGCUGUUGCCAACUUGAACAACAAAUGCUUAGCUUAGAAGGACCAGUGGCCUGAUUUGGUGAAAGACAGCAUCAUAUAUUGAUCUGGAAGCCACUCCCCCCCCUCCAAAGGACACCUCAGGUUUAGCCAUGAACUCAUUUUCAUGGUCCUUCUUAAACUCUUAGCACUCAAAGAGAAGUAUUUGCCGUAAAUUUUGUAAACUGAUAACUAUUUAUUGGGAAACGUACUAUGUAUUAGGAAACCUGAGUGUCUUUUAAAAUGUCUGAAUGAUUUGAAUGUGCCUGUCUGAAAUUUUUACAUUUUGUAACUCAAACUGAGUGAUGAAAUAUGGAUGACUGCAAGGGUUUUCUAGAUAUACCAGGUAGUUUUGACUUCAGCUGCUUUUGUGGAUCCAGCAUGCUUUUAGUUUAAAAAAAAUGAGAAUGUCUGGGGGAGGGGGGGGAAAUAUGUGUUUUCUAUUGUGAAGGUAAGAAUUUUUUGAAGUCUUGGGGAAUGCUAAUGAAAAUGUCUCAACUGUCAGCAUUAAAUCACCAAAUCUGGAUGUGACACUAUAUGCACAUUGGAGAAUAGAUACAGGGAGAAAAUAUAAUUAGAAACAAAUGUUUGUGUUUCUAGGACAGUUUAGUAAGAAUAUAAUGUUCAGUGUUUAUCAUUCAAAAUCACAGUUAUUGGCCUCUAGAAUUUAAAUUAGAAGAAUUUUAGAAAAAUUGGUCUAGCAUCUUCCUAAUCUCGAGGGAGAUACACGUUAUUAAAAUAAGGCAGUAAACCCAGAUCGCAUUUUAAAAGAAAUGCACUCUUGAAUUGCCUAAAAUUGCAUUCGAUACUUUUUGAGAUGAAAUGGAAGGAACAAUAGAUUAAGAUAGUUUCAGUCAUGAAAGUGAAGAUUAUUUUAGUUGUGCUCUAUUCCUGAUUACGACAUGCAUGCAUCCAUUUUUUUGCUUUUUUUUUGCAAUGAUGUGAAUUUAUUUGCUGUCACCCACUUCAUUUUUACUUCCUAGUCCUUGACUUUUCAUUCUAGUCUACAGCUUGUUUUUCCAGAUUGUUCCUCAUAUAAGAAAUCACCAGGUCUGAACUGCGUGGCUUUUUGCCAGGUGCUGCCACCUGCCGCGGCAUUCAAAACAAAGAGAAAAAUUAUAAAUCCUGGCCUGAAAAAUGUGGGUUUUCUGGAUUUCAAUUCUACAUGGCCAUAACUUCCAAUUCUAUUCUAAAAUGUUGGUUUUAGCAGUUUUUUGUGCCUCUGUGGUAGCAGUUUCUUAAAUAGACUGUUAACGAUUCGGUGUGAUUACCCGUGUUCCCUCUAGAUUGUGGAAAAUGUGUAUGUUAGUUCACCAUCUCAAAGCGAACAGAAAUUACUUUUAUGUACACACUUCAUCACAGUAUCACAUGCACUACUUCUGAAUAUUUCUCACAUAGUCAAAGCACAUGUCUGACAAAUCAUUUUAGUGGGGAAAUUAUUUUAGGCAGAGAGCUAAAUAUAAAGGUAGUUGACCUGGUUUGGUUUUGUCGUGUUUUUAAAUAAACCAGGAUGAUGGGGGGUUGGGAAGAGGCAGGUAUCAGCACAAAGCGGUAUGAUAAUCCUUAAAUAAAUUGGGAGAGGGAUUAGUUUUCAAGGAAAUGAUAAAUACUGGAAAUUAAUUAAAUAUAUAUCUUA